AUGGGUUUAUUGGAUUUGGAAAAACACUUUGCCUUCUAUGGAGCAUACCACAGCAACCCGAUAAAUAUUUUUAUUCAUAUGUUGUUUGUUUGGCCAAUCUUUUUCACAGCUCUUGUUCUUUUCAAUUUUACACCUCCUUUAUUCAAGAAUUCCCCAAUUGUUUUGUCUGAUCAUAUUGUAUUGGUCUUGAAUUUUGGGUUCUUGCUCACUGUAAUUUAUGCCCUGUUCUAUAUGAGUUUGGAUAAGAAAGCUGGUUCUUUGGCUGCUUUGCUUUGCUUUUUCUGCUGGGUUGCAAGCAGUUCUGUUGCAAAUCGUCUGGGAUAUUCUUUGGCUUGGAAGGUUGUCCUGGCAUCUCAGUUACUCUGCUGGACUGGACAGUUCAUAGGCCAUGGCGUAUUUGAGAAACGAGCACCUGCUCUUUUAGACAACCUGGCUCAAGCAUUGCUAAUGGCGCCUUUCUUUGUACUGCUGGAGGCUCUGUCAUUCUUUGGCUAUGAACCAUACCCAGGGUUCAAUGCUCGGGUUAAAGCAAAAAUUGAUGCUGAAAUCAAAGAAUGGAAGGAGAAGAAGGAGAAGAAAAAUUCCUGA